UUCCAUGGAGGAUCUUAAGCGGACUGUGGAACAUUCAACAUCACACAACCGUGUUGUUCUGUAUGGAAGCCAGGAAGGAGAGUGGCAGUGGAGAGACUGGAAGACAUUCUUCAAGCCAGUGUUUCGGGCAGUCCCUGGUAUCCAGACAUUUCAUCACUUCAAGUUUUCUUCAGAAAGACCAGGUGAGGUUUUUGUGCGGAAAGAUGUAGGUGGCCCGGAGACAACAGUACGCCUGCUGAAGAGAGGGAAGUCUGUGCCGACUGGUUUGCCAAGCAGACUGGAGCCAGCAGGAACAUCCUCAGCAAGGUCCAAGUAUCUUUGUGGAAGUAUUCGACAGUUUGUGAAGGAUCCCCACAAGGAUGAGUUGUGUCCACCACCUCUUACAGAGGAAUGAGCAAGAUAGUCAGUGGCCACAUAACUAUGCAUU